AUGGUUAUUUCUUUUAUUUAUUUAUUUAUUUUCAGGCCAAUUUUGAAGAUAUGCACUUUCGCUAAAGUUCAACAUGAAUUGUUGUCCGUUUAUGCAACCCAAUUGCUCGAGCAGGAGCACUCUGGAUGUCAUGCAUUGCUUAGGGAUGACAAGAUAGAGGAUUUAUCAAGGAUGUAUAGGCUCUUUUCCAAAAUACCUGGAGGUUUAAAUCCGGUUUCUAGUAUAUUUAAACAGCAUGUUACUGCUGAAGGUACAGCAUUGGUUAAACAAGCGGAAGAUGCAGCCAGCAAUAAGAAGGUGAUGUUUUUUGUUAGAAAAGUUAUCGAGCUUCAUGACAAGUACAUGGCGUACGUAAAUAACUGUUUUAUGAACCAUACUCUUUUCCACAAGGCGCUCAAAGAGGCUUUUGAAGUCUUCUGUAACAAAGGUGUUGGUGGAAGCUCGAGUGUAGAACUACUAGCCACAUUUUGUGAUAAUAUUCUUAAGAAAGGUGGGAGUGAGAAAUUGGGUGAUGAAACCAUUGAGGAAACACUUGAGAAGGUAGUAAAGCUCCUUACUUAUAUUAGUGAUAAGGAUCUGUUCACUGAAUUCUACCGAAAAAAGCUUGCUCGACGCUUACUUUUUGACAAGAGUGCCAAUGAUGAGCAGGAGAGAAGUAUCCUGACAAAGCUGAAGCAGCAGUGUGGUGGUCAGUUCACAUCAAAGAUUGAGGGAAUGGUGACAGAUUUGACUUUGGCAAGGAAAAAUCAAACUAACUUUGAAGAGUACCUCAAAACCAAUCCAGAUGCAAGUCCUGGGAUUGACCUGACUGUUACUGUCCUAACUACUGGCUUUUGGCCUGGUUACAAGUCUUUUGACCUCAACCUCCCAGCAGAAAUGGUUAAGUGUGUGCAAGUUUUCAGAGAAUUCUAUCAAACAAAAACAAAACACAGAAAACUUACAUGGAUUUAUUCAUUGGGUACUUGUAACCUCAAUGGAAAAUUUGAACCCAAAACUAUGGAGCUCAUUGUGACAACCUACCAGGUAUUUUGUUGAAGAAACUUAUUUUAAUCUAAUACAUGGAUUUAUGAUUCUUAACGCAGAGGUUUGAGCUUUAGCAUUUCAUCCAUACAGGCUUUUGUGCUGCUGCUUUUUAAUGCCUCAGAUAGAUUGAGUUACAGGAAAUCAUGACUCAAUUAAACUUGACAGAUGAUGAUGUUGUUAGGUUGCUCCAU